CCCCAUCAAUCACACCAUUCAUUCCCCUCAUGGCUGUCUAUCUAAGCCUUCUUGGUCUUCUUCCUGGCAGCUCUCCGUGUCCUCUUCCUCAUCUGCUCCCUCCACUUGCGCGCCGCUUCUUUCUUCGCACGCGCCCGCAUCGCCUCCUCGUUCGCCUCCUCAUCGGUUGUGUCACCACCCCCCGCUGACACCAUACGCGCGGCGAGCGACUCCUGAGGCAGGAACUCAUCUCCUGGCCGGCUCGUCACGCCCUGACACACACACCAGACUGAGUGUGUGUGUGUGUGCAUGUGGUGGUGAGUGAGCAUUGUCCACCCACCUGUGUGAGUGCUGAUGGCUCUGCCCUCCUGGGCGGUGCUGCUGGUGACGACGACACGACCUUGGCGACCUUCCUCUUGACCACCUUCCUGCUCGACGGGGUAGCCUGCGACUGAGGUGGCCGCGGGGCCGCCGGCGGCGGGGGCUGGCUGGUGGCUCGUGACACAGGAGGCUGCCUCUCCUCUAAUACUGGUGCUGACACACCGCCCCCCUCUCCCUCUCCUCCGUCAGGCCGCCUUGGCUGGGAGGGCGGCAGGGCGACAGGUGGUGCGGGGGGGCUGUCGGGGUUCUCUGCCUCGAGCAGUGCUGCCUCCGCAGCGGCCUGCUCGUUGACCUCUCCGCCAACACCGAACGCCUGUUCGCGGAUCUUUUCCUCAAACUCCUGCAGAAGAAAGGAAGAUCACAUCACACACACACACGAGGGUGUGGUGUGUCCUGGGUGUGUGGAGGUGAGGUGCCGCGCGUCCGUCAGUCAGUCCGUACGCACGCACCAGUUCUUUCUGCAGGGCCUGUAUGUUGGGGUCUUUCCUCUUGAGCUCCUCGAUGUCCCAGAUGGCGUACUUGGUCUGGUUCUGGUCGUUCCACAAAGCGAAAUACCAACCGGCUGAUAUAUGAACGGACGGACCCACCCGACACACAUGAGGAGAGAGAGAUUGAAUGCACAAAAGUGUGUGUGUGUGUGUGCAUGUGUGUGUAUGUCGUUUGCGAACUUUCUUCGUAUUUCUCUGAGAGUGGCGAUGGCUUUCUGAUUGACUUCGGCACGAGUGCGUCGAGGGCCUUGGUGUACGGCUGCACGACCUUCUUCCGAGCCCACCACUGCACACACACACACACACACACAAGGCAGGGUUGGCAAGGGUAAUGCAGGAGAAAACGGCCUAGGGCUGUGUGUGUGUGUCUGUAUUUGUACCUCUUCCUCUGUGGCGAAGAAGAGGCUCUUGCCGGGUUUGAGCUUGUAGGCCUUGAACUUGAUCUCCUGCAUGGAGUCACGGGCACACCCAUUAAUGCCCAUGCAUCACACUACACUCAUCGAUGUCACUGCCACGUGCGUCCAUAACAUACCGGCCACGCCCUUUGGAAGUAGCCCUGCCCCUCAUACUCGGGCGUGCAGUCCGCCAACGCACGGUAGAUGUCAGACAACUGACAGACACAUGGGACGGACGAUACACACAAAGCACAGAAGCGUAAUGACACGUGCUUGCAAGCACAUGUGUGUGGGCUGUCGUCAAUUACCCUUUUGGUGAGGAGUUUGUACUGCUUGGGCAGCCCCUCCAUUAUGUGCACCAACCGACGCAGACGAGCCCGAAGCUGACGAAGCAGAAAGACGCGCAGACACCCAGGCAGGGGUCGUGGCAGUCAGUGCGGUUGGCUGUGUCCUUGCCAUCCAUUUGCUCACUCACCUCGACGGUGUCCAUGUUGAAGGUGGGACAGAACUGCAGAUGGGCCACCCUGUCCACACACACACACACACACACACACACAAAACCCGCGCAGACAGAAAAGAGCUUGAGGUCACAUAUAUGUGCGCACCAUCAUCCCCCGCUCACUUGCGUAUUUCGACGAAGGUGCCCAGCCUGAGAGCGACCUCCAGGAAGCGCAGCUCAGGAGGGAGCUCGGAAAUGAUGGCGGGGCUAUUGGUGACCUUCUGGUUGAGCUGGCCAAACGCGUAAGUGAUGUACAGCGACUCCCGCAGAGUCGGCAUCAUCUCCCCUAAUUCCUGAUGGAUGGGCAGGCAGGACACACACACACAGUGGCCUGCGUGUGUGCCAAACUCUCUCUCUCUCUCUCUCUCUCUCUGACCUCUGGGGUGCGCUCUUGAAGGUCUUCGUUGGUGAUCUUCUUUUGCCUGCAACACACAUGAGGGAGUGGUUGGCCUUCGUAUAUUUGUCAGUGUGUCGAGUGAGUCAGUCAGUCAGACUGACAGGAUGGCGACGUCGAUGGUGUCUCUGCGCUUGUUCUCCCACUCCGCCAGGCACGCCUUGGCCACUACCCAAAAGGCAGCUACCUCGGCACCGGUCACGCCAGCCAAAUCCCUAUUACACAGACAGGCACGAACCGAGAUAUGUUGACCACCACACAGACAGACAUCCUUAUAUAUCAUGUGUUCGGCAGUGUGUGCUCACUCGACGUUGUACUCGCCCGACACAAACUCAGGUUUGAACGUGCUGCCCACUGCAAUGCCGUCGCGCAGCCGCAGCUCAGCAUCCUUGAUCAUCUGCUUGAGGGGGCCAGCCAGCCUCUCCUCCUCGAGCAUGUACAUGUACCUCAGGUCCCUGUACUCACGGGCGAUGUCCAGCUGGUCCUCCAUCUGAGCCCUCAGCUUGAGAGUGCCCAGGAGCUGCUUGAGGUCGGUGCCCAGCAUGUCGAAGUUGACCUCCACCCAACGGCGGAACUCCUGACGGCCCGCCAGACACGCUGCCUGCAUCACACAUAUGCACAGGGAUCGAUGAAUAAGGCUGGUGCGAUUGUGCGUGUGUGUGCGCGCCAUCCAUCCGCUCACCUUCAUUGCUGUGACGACCUCCUUAUAGUCUGCGUCAAGCGGCAACCUGAUGAGAGAAGAGAUAAGAGAUGGGGGAGAGCGCGACGCGCGUGACGCGUCCACCAUUACUCACCUGAGUGGUUCCCUCUCCCUGUUGAUGGUAGGUGUGGGCCAGCACACGGCCACCUGGCCUUCAUUCGUCGCAGGCACUUCCACCGGUCGCCUGAACACGAUCAGGCGGAAGCAAAAUAAUGAAUGAUCCAGAUGGAUGCAUCACCAGCCCCUUCACAGCCUGCCGUGCCUCUCUACCUGGUGAAAGGGUCGAGGACAAAGUCCCUGCCGUCACGAUUGAUCACCCCAGGAGCAGUCCGCACCCUGCCAGCGGCCUGCAACCACAGAAAGACAUACAUGGUGAAAGGUGGGAGGUGGCAUUCAUUCCCAAGCAAGAUCUUCUCCUUUGCUUCGCCUCGCCCACCACUUGUCCGGUUUCUUCUUCCUCCGUCUCGACGGUGCGGUACCGGGCCAUCGACAGACGCGACAGAUGCGCACGACUCCGCCCAGCUGACACACGAACGGGCUGCACUUCUGGCCGAUAACAGGACGGCUGCAAGGGAGGGAGAUGAUUCAAUGAUCAGUCAUCACUGUUAACACAAGCAUAUAUGGUGAUUGACUCAUGAUUCGUGUAAGUACCGCUGGCAGGAUGAAUGAAGGCCGUGAUGUCCUCCGGAGCUCUGCAGCUGCUCUCCGAGGCCUCAAGUACAGCAGCGCCAAGCUCAACCAUGACGGAAAAACCAUGCACAGCCUCCACACUGACGAGCGCCUCUCGCGAAGACGUUGCCUUGAAGUUGUUGCAUCAGAUCUACGCCUUGAGCCGCUAUCCAUCUGCAUCCUCAGCUUCGUUGGGCAGACCAUUGGACACGCAAAGCGCAGCCUUCACUGCAUUGGUGCUUUGAUAAACUGCUGUUCGGUGAUUGGAAACUGUUUCCUCCCCUUGCCCUGCGACAGCCCCUUGCUUCCCCUGCGG